GAAGUGCCAUUAAACAGACGCAGCGUCCGCUGGCCGACCGUAAUCUCAAGACUCUGUGACAUAAUUCAGACUGCCGCUCACUUGGGGGACGCUUGUCUCCUGCGCAUAGGUGCAUUAGCCUAACACCCAGAAAAGGAUUUUGUUCUUACGGAAUUUGGAAUUUUACAAGACGUUGCUGUGAAUAACUGCCGACUGCUUGUAAAUAACCACCAACCGCGGACUGUAAUACGAAGUUGCCAUUUCGCGUGUGGGAUAUUUCAGACGGACAGAAGAUGCCUGCCGAUAUGAUGGAAAAAACCUCUGUAUCUCCGGUUGCCGCUACGCCAGUCAGCAUGAACACAACACCUGAUAAACCCAAGACGGCGUCUGAACACAGAAAGUCAUCCAAACCUAUUAUGGAGAAAAGGAGAAGAGCCAGAAUCAACGAAAGCUUGGGACAGUUGAAAACACUUAUCCUGGAUGCGCUAAAGAAAGAUAGCUCCAGACACUCGAAACUUGAAAAGGCGGACAUCCUGGAGAUGACCGUAAAACAUCUCCGGAACCUCCAGAGAGCUCAAAUGACUGCUGCUUUGAACACGGAUCCCACUGUGUUGGGGAAAUACAGAGCAGGAUUCAGCGAGUGCACGAAUGAAGUCACCCGGUUUCUGUCCACCUGCGAAGGGGUUAACACCGAGGUCAGGACGCGACUUCUCGGUCACUUGGCCAACUGCAUGACUCAGAUCAACGCUAUGAACUACCCCACACAGCACCAGAUCUCCGCCGGGCCUCCACACGCCUCCUUCGGCCAGUCCAUGGUGCAGAUGUCCAACUCAUCUCCUCAAGGCAACGUGAUGCCAAUGCCUUGUAAAGCUGGCUCACCACAGAGCAUGUCGCCAGAAGCCACCAAAGUAUUCGGUGGUUUCCAGCUUGUACCUGCCACAGACGGACAAUUUGCAUUUCUCAUCCCGAACGCAGCUUUUGCGCCCAACGGUCCUGUUAUCCCUGUGUACGCUAACCAGGUCAACACGCCAGUUCCAGCGUCGGUGUCCCCCGGUGCACCGACUGGUAACUCGGACUCAGUGUGGCGACCUUGGUAGAGCGAUUGAAAAGGACCUUUUGAAAAUACUUUUCUAAUGACUCAAGUUCUUUUUUCGAUGUUACAAAAAUUCUGUUUGGAUUUUGUUUUGUAUUUUCAAUGCGUUAAGAUGAAAAUAUUAUGCACUAUAUUUGUAUAGCCUAUAAGGGAGUGAAGUUCAUAUUGAAAUGAGAUUUGUAUUGUUGAAGUUUGUUAACUGCAUUUUUAUAUUCGAGGUGUCUUUUUUUUACUGUGUGAUGCCAAAGAUAUGUUGAAUGCUCUUUACCCAAUUCUUCGUUUUGGAAGACAAAUAAAUUUGUAAAGAUAUUGAAAAACG